CGUUACUGUUAUUCCGUAAUCCACAGUAUUAUUAUUACAAAUAGGAUUAAUUUAUUACAUUUUUGAAUUGGCUAGUCAACGAUGAUGACUCCUACUGGAGUUAUUCAACCUCAGGAUGCAAAAUACAUCAAAAGGAGAGUGAAGUCAGGUGCAAUAGAUGUCCAUCCUACAGAAACAGCUCUAAUUGUUAACUAUGAAGUAGAAGCUAUUAUAUUAGGUGAAGCAGAGAAUCCAGUAUUAAGUGACAAAAAGAACUGUCAGAAAAUAAUCAGGUUGAAAAGUUUGAAUAAAAAUUCUGACUGUGCUGCACUUGCAAAAGAGGUUGUAAAUAAGUGUUCAUUGAUUCAUCCCUCUAAAAUAGCCGAUGUUGAACAUUUGAUUUAUUUUCUUCAAAGUCGGAAAGAGAAUGUUUUUACCGAUGGCAUGCUUAACAUUGCUCCAAGCAGCUGUUUUGAUUCCUCUCAGAGUAGUUCUAGCUCUUCUGGAGAAAAAGCAACUUUUGCCAAUUUUGAGCAAUAUGUGGAAUUGUUAUACGAAGACUUGAAUGAUAAAGUUAAGGGUGCUGGUUUAAUAAUGCAAUUAAGUCGUGAAAAUGACAAUUUGGAAGAAUUAGCAAGGAACGAAGCAGUUUUAAGUGCGCUUGCUAGGCUUUUAAGGGAAGAUUAUAAACGAAGUAUAGACCUAAGUAUUAAUAUUGUAUCUAUUUUCCAUUCCUUUUCUUCAUUUACUCAGUUCCAUCCUUUGAUAUUGCAGUAUAAGAUAGGUUCAUUGUGCAUAGUUAUUAUUGAGUUUGAGUUACAAAGAUACCAACAAUGGAAGGGCGAAAUGCUUAUUAAUCGAGGACGAGAGGCUAUUCCAACAUCACGGUUACCCGUCCCAAAAUCUGCUCGACCAAGUACUGUAUCGGCUGACAGGAGAAGGUCUUCUACUCCAUCACCUGCUAUAGCGAGUUCUGGAGAUAGAAAGAGGCUUUCUUUAAUUCCAGGCCCAAAAACAGCUGUUUCCCAAAGAAGUCCCAGUACACCAGAUGAAGAGUCUGCACAGAAAAAAUUUGCAUUAAUGGUUGCGAAACAGGACAGGCUUUUAAAAGUAAACUUCCUCUUACUAUUAAAAAUUGCUGAAAAUCUCAAAGUAGAAGAUAAAAUAAGGAAACGAAACAUAGUCUCAAUGCUUGUGCAGUGUUUGGAUAGAAACAACAUUCCACUUUUGAUUGUCGUUACCAAAUUCUUAACAAAAUUAUCUAUCAGAAUAGAAAAUAAGGACGAAAUGGCUAAUUUAAAUGUUGUGGAAAAUCUUCCCAAACUUUUGCAAAUGAAUAAUUUUGAACUAGAACAAUCUACAUUGCAUCUUCUCUUCAAUCUUUCUUUUGAUUCGAAAUUAAGAGAUAAGAUGAUUAGAGUUGGUUUUCUACAAAAAUUAACAAGUCUAUUGAAUGAUGAAAGACAUAUUCGUUCCAUCUUGAAAAUUCUCUACCAUCUGAGCAUGGAUGAUAGAGUUAAAGCCAUGUUCACAUUUACUGAUUGUUUGCCUAAGCUGAUGAAAAUGCUUAUAUCCACUGAUCCAAAAAGUUUUGAAUACAUGACUCUUGUUGCCUUAACUGUGAAUGUUGGAUUGAAUCCUCGUUGCGCAGAAACUAUGUGUGAAUCAGGCGUUCUUCAUCAGCUGGAGCAACGAGCCUUGGCAUAUCAGGACUCGUUUCUGAUGAAAGUAAUUAGGAAUCUUUCGAAACAUCGCACAACGCAUAAAUAUUUUCUGGGAUUCGUUGAUGACUUAAUUCAAGUACUUCCUAGUUGCUCUCAUGAAGAAUUUUUAUUAGAAACUACAGGAACACUCGCUAAUUUGCCCCUUCAUGAAAUUGACAUCUGCGACCUUUCUAAAAAGCAUGGCCUUCUACAAUGGAUUGAAAACUCAAUGAAUUCUCAUAAAAAAGAAGAUGAUUUCCUCCUCGAGGUAGCCAUGCUCGUGGGCUCCAUGGCAGCCGAUGAGAAGUGUUCUCAACUAUUCUGUGAUAAUGGCAUUGUACUAGCUCUGAUUGAAUUGCUCAAAAGGAAACAAGAAGAUGAUGAAAUAGUAUUACAAAUAAUAUAUGUAUUUUACCAAGUUUCAAGACAUACCGAAACACGGUCUUAUUUGAUUCAUAAAACUCAGGCUGUUGAUUAUCUCAUUGAUCUCAUGAAUGAUAAAAAUGUUGAAAUUAGGAAAGUAUGCGAUGCCUGUAUUGACAUGAUCAAGGAAGAAGAGCCAGAAUAUGAAGAACGAGUCAAAGCUGAAAAGUUCACGGCUCAUAAUUCUCAUUGGCUAGCGAUGGUUGAAAAUAAAGCGCUCGAAACUUCUUUAGCAUCCUUGCCGGACUGCGGAGAGGCUAUUCCAAGAUAUGAUCUGAAUCAAUCACUUUCAGUUUUUAAUUCUGGCUCGCAUGUGUCAUUAUCAACGAUGGAUGAUAUUGAAAUUGUCUCUAACCAUCCUCUAUCUGAAGAUGGAAGUCAACCAGUUAGCAGAUACGACAGUGAAGGAGAAGAUUUUUCUGAAACGACACUUAUGAUGUCUAAAAGAAGAAUAAUGAAUAAUGACGACGUCGUCCGUAACGCUCUUCAGAAUCUCAUUAUUUCUGAUGAUACUAAUGAUUCUCACCACUAUUUUCAUAUUGAAACCCCCAACAAUCAGGUUUCAAUAUCCUGAAUUUAAAUUUAUAAAGUUUCAAAGGAUAACUUCAAAGAAAACUCAAGUUAAGAAAUAUUAUAAGUUGUAUAUGUAAAUUAUUUCUUAACCUCAUUUAUAUUGCAGCUUGGUUUUUCAUUAAUGAGCGAAGGUAUUACUAUAGGUGUAAUAUUAUUCUAUAUUAAUUUUUGUUGUUAUUAAUUUAUUCUGUGUUGUUAAACUCUAGUCUUUUCAACUUACGAUCUGUUGAUACCUGAACUAUGUGUAGAUUUAAGCAUAUUACUUGAUAUAUGAUUGUUAUUUAUUUAUGUUAAUUUAUUUC